AUGCGGAACACGAACAAUCAUAACGUUCACAUCUUGAAGAAAUCCUGCUUGGGCGUCCUCAUGUGUUCGAAAAGGUGCAAGUUGGGCGGCCCCACGGCGUGCGGCGAGCUGCGCCUGCGCCCCGCGAUUUGCGACAAGGCGCGAAAAAAACAGUUGGGGAGACCCUGUCCAAAUCCAAAGUGUGGCGGGGGCUCGCUUAUACUUAUCGCGUGCAAAGGAAACUCGGGUUUUCCAUGCACUCAUUUCUGGCGACAUACGGGAAACGCCAUCUUUUUCCAGGCGAAAGGAGUUCACGACCAUCCCCGCCCCGAAGUGAAGAACAAUAACGUCGAGGUUCGGAAAACCGUGGGGAUCAAAGUCGUCAAAAAUUGUGGGGACGGCGUGGGCGUACCAGGCUCAAGGUCAACACCGCACCGGGUCGGUGGGGGUCGUCGAAAUAAUAAGAGCCCUGCUUUUCGAAAUUUGAAAUCGACCCGAAAACCGAGGAAAAUUAAAAAGGAACCCGUUUACAUAACUGGCGACAUCCGACCACCACCCCCUCCAGAUGUGCGGAAAUGUAUCCGAUCCUCCGUAAAACAGCCACACCCCCAACAGAACGAGCCAAAUCUCACUUUUCCCACCAACACCCCCACCAUAAAUCCUGAUCAAUACAAUUACCACCCCACAACCACCAGCAGCAAACCUCCCCCUUCCCAGACUGGUACUAUCCACCCCCUCCCCAAAGUCAAAUCCACCCUGAAGAAUUCGCCAUGUCGACAACGACAAAACCAUCGCCCCAGUCGUCCCUCUGCCCGGGGUGCAAUCAGCCCCACUUCUACUGCAGUUGUGGGUACCACGUGGCGACCACGACCACGACGCAGCACGACUUUGUUAACCAAGAUCCCACCGGAAACGGGAGUUUCGUCGCGUUUAACAAUUCCCAAGACACGUUUAAACCGUCGGACAUUUUCAACUUUGAGGUCAACUUGAACCUCAACUAUUCCGCGUGUACGACUAACCAUCAUUACCAUUCAACGCCACAAGUUAAUAGUCAGGGAGGCAUAACGCCCGGCGUCGUGGCGACAUCUGUGGCGACGCCAUAUGGUUAUGGGGGUGACGACCAUUUUAUCCAACAAGCACUACCACACCCACCCCCAAAUUACCCCCAAAUUAGUGGCCACCCCCACCACCACUACCAGCAGCAGCAGAAUCACCACAACUACAAUAAUAACGCCCAGUUUCAUGGGGGAGGAUUUAAUUAUGACGGGUGGAGUAGUAAUGCUGGGUCGAAUAAUCCGAGUAGUAAUGUCGUCAUGUAUUAAGUAGAAAGUUGAUUAAUCAAUAAAUUAAAGAAUAAAUGAGUUAAUUAAUUAAUUACUGACUUGCGAAAAAACAAUUCAAAACAUUUAUAAAUGAUAACCACUCAAAAGUUCUUAUCAUUUAUGCAUCGAUUAUGCAUACCAUCCGGCUCCACAAUCACAACGCGUCGUCGUCGUCGGCGUCGGAGGUUAAUUUUCGAAAGCGGCGGCGGCGUCAAUUUUGGUGAUUUUUUCA